AUUUUUUUCUCCUUACUUCCACUUCCACAAGGAAAUACCUUUCGUCUCUACGUCCGCUUUUUCUUCCUUCUUUCGUCAUUGCCUUUUUUACAAAUUUAAGCUUACAAGUAACCUACCGAUCACUAGUUUCUGUAGGGUAUUUGUUUCAUUUUAUAUACUGCUUCAGAUUAACUUUCAGAGAUUGCGUUAGUGUUAAUUGGGAAUCUUUAUCGUUUGAAAAUGAUUCGGGACGAGAUUUUUGAUUAAUCGACCGACAACUCAACAGAGCAACCCAAUCAUUCACUUUCCUCGGUUAAUCAGCUUUAACCCUCUCACGUCCUGGUUUUGGGUUCAUCAAGUUAGGUAUGUUAAUUUGUGAAGAGCUACUUUGUGAUACCAAUUUGUUCAUGUACAAGAAGUGUUGGAGAAUAUGAUGAUGCAUUAGUCUCAUCAACUAAUCAAGCUGUGUCUAUGGCAAAGAGUGAAGGUGCUCAUCAUGUUGAUGCUCCCCCAAACUACAGGUCACUUGAGAAAGAAGGAAGGAAUAACCUUGUGGAAAUCAAUAACAUCAAAGGAGAUUUAGAACAUGAAAAAACUUCUGAGGUCAAUGAAACAGAGGCAUGGUAUCCUUGUAUCAAUGAUUCUGAUAUUUGGCUUCCCCCUGAACCAGAUGACCAAGAGGUUGAUGUUGAGGGUAGUUAUGGUAAAUAUGACGAUGAUAAUGAUGAUGAUGAAGAGUUUGGUGAUGACAUAAAAAUGGGGAAAAACAAGUAA